AUGAUCUUUGGUGGUGUUGAAGUAAAUGGAGUGACAUUUGCAGCAGCAAAGAAGAUAAAGAUAUCGGUAACUCAUGGCAAGAGGAUCCGACAAAUAUCAGAUGAUGAUAAAAUCACCUUCACGGAAGAAGACGCCGAUGGCCUUCCUUUACCACAUAACGAUGAUAUGGUAAUAUCACUUAGUGUUAUAGAUUUUAAAAUUAAACGUGUGUUGGUUGAUCCAGGUAGUUCAGCCAAUAUCAUUCAACUGAGAGUUUUGGUACAAGCAAAGUUAACUGGAAAAAUAAUUCCGGCAACGAAGCUUCUGGUUGGGUUCAAUAUAACGAGUGUGAUGACCCGAGGAGAGAUUUUACUUCCCACUCAUGCCGAAGGUGUAACAAAGACCACUUUGUUCAAAGUGGUAAAUGUCGAUAUGGGAUACAACGUGAUCCUUGGAAGGCGAUGA